AUUCUAGGAUUAUUAAUCUCGAAAUUAUAAUUUCAAAAUAACCUUGUUCGGAACAUAUAGUUGCCGAGACGCCUAUAAGCAAGUGUUAUGGCAAAUUUGUGACUGCUUUGACUAUUACAAACUUUGUUUUGCCGUUGGAUCUAGUAAUCAGCUACUUCACAUAAUGGCGUCUUGCCUUAAAAGAUUAGCUUCCAUUCGUACCCUUUCCUCUAUAACUGGACUGGUUCGUAGCAAAUCUCACACAAGGUUGGUUGAAAAUUUGUUAGCCCCAAGACUUGCAUCAGCAACUACUUCUUCUGAUUGUUUCUCUGUAGGCCAAAGAGCUUCAAAGCAUUACUCUACUGAUCCGGGUACCACAGUGCACCCCGAAUGUGCUUUGAAUUCAAGACUUCAGAAUGAUGGUGAGGUUGAUCAUCAAGAUUACCUCAGAUGGGGCAAUGGUGGUGGGACUUUUCACAAGACGGCUAGCAUUGAUCCCUCGGCCUUUGUGGAAAUUGGUGCUGUAGUACAUUCAGAAUGUGCCGUGGGUGCAGAGUGUCGCAUUGGCUGCGGAGCAAUCAUUGGACCUACAGUCACUAUAGGCCAAUCAACGAAAAUAGGCUACAAUGUUGCAUUGGCUAAUUGCAUGGUUGGCGACUUUUGUGUUAUCCACAGCGGAGUCUGCAUUGGUCAAGAUGGUUUUGGAUUUUUCGUAGAUGAGCAAGGAAACAUGGUGAAAAAGCCUCAAACCCUGAAUGUGAGAAUAGAAAACCAUGUAGAAAUAGGUGCAAACACGUGUAUCGAUAGGGGCAGUUGGAGGGAUACAGUAGUUGGAGAACAUACAAAGAUAGAUAAUUUAGUUCAGAUAGGUCACAAUGUAGUAAUUGGGAGAAGCUGCAUCAUAUGUGGACAAGUCGGGGUUGCUGGUUCAGUGACUAUAGGUGACUAUGUAACAUUCGGAGGAAGAGUCGGGAUCCGUGAUCAUGUAAACAUUGCCUCAAAGGUCAGGUUAGCAGCUAAUAGCUGUGUCACCAAGGAUAUUAGUGAGCCUGGAGAUUAUGGUGGCUUUCCUGCUAUUCCUAUACGUGAUUGGCGAAGACAAAUUGCUAUUCAUCGUCAAUCCUUGAAGUCCACCAACUCCUUGGCCUAAAGCUGGAACAGAGAAGUCAUUGAGGAAAAUUCGUGGCCGAUGAGGGCGAAGACUUAGCCAUAAAAUGAAUGUGAUGAGUCCAACAAUUGCAAGAAGGCCUAAGAAUAUAGAACAUACUAGUUUUGAGACUCUUGUGGUUAAACUUUCUUUCACCCAAUGGGCAUAAUAACUAGCACUAUGGUGUCGCCUUAUAGGGCGAUCUUCAUCGCGGCCAUAAACGGGUAAUUCAGGCCUAGACUGCAUUUUUUUUAAGAGGAUGGAAUUGAGGUUGAUCAUGAA